AUUGAUCUUUAUUUACAGGAUGAAGUGUUGGCGAUAUCGGAAAAGGUCGUCCUCAGGUUAGACGAUCUUAUCACGUGGAUUACUGUUGACACCGUGUGGACAUGGGGUCGCGUAGCCAAGUGGAAAGGGGACGUUCAAGAACCUAAAUCGCCCGAUGGGGGUGAAGAUGGCAACACGUACGAGACAAUGUUCACUAGUAAUGUUGAAUUUUCAGACAUCGAAAAAGAAAGUAGAUUAUUAGAUGAAGAUACAGGCUCAAUAGCGUCUGUGGUGAUCCUUAGUUAUCCCCAGUAUUGUCGUUAUCGUGCAAUGAUGAAGAGAUUGGAUGGGGUUGAGCAAGAGUUCCUCAAUAAUCUUCGUGUAAAGGUGUUAGGAGGAUUUGCGAGUUCGAAAAGGAACACAAGAGUCCUGUUUUGCCGCGACACAUUCGAUUAUCCCGAGUUAGAGGGUCACGAGCUAUUGUGCAAUCAUCUGGCACCCAAACUGAAAGGAAGACCUAGAGGGAAACGGAAAAAACGGAGUGUUUCACCCGGAUCGGAAAGCAAUGAAUCUGAAUGUUCAGUCUCUGCAACAGUUAAUUUCAAUGCUAAGAAAAUUACAUCGGAAGGUAGGAUAAACGGUAUCCUUUCGCCUUCAUGUAGCAAAAGCUCAGCUACACGGAGAAGUACGCGUUCGUCUGGAAGUAACGAGAGUAGAGAAUUUGUGGACAAACUUUCGGCGUUCAUGCGAUCAAAACGGAUGCCCCUGAGCAGAAUACCAAUCCUCGGAUAUCGAGAAUUGAACCUGCACGCUUUAUAUACGAAAGUCGUAAAAUUGGGUGGAUAUGAAACAGUCACCGUUAACAGACUAUGGAAGUCCAUUUUUGAUGACCUGAGUGGAAGUUAUACCAGUACUAGUGCCGCCACCAUUAUCCGAAGGCAUUAUGAAAGGCUUCUGUUGCCUUACGAAAAGCACAUGAAAGGCGAAGAAUUCAAACCGUCUCGUAUAACAGAAACUCGUAAGAAAAGCAGCUCUGGAAGUUGUAGUGACGCAGAGGCAAGCGAAAGUACUAACAGUAGCGGAAAUUGCACCCCGGUACCACAACCGAGCACUUCCGGUGUUUCGCAUUCAUCAUUUUCAGAUACGAAGGAAACAUUCUCUGGCAAGGCUGAGGGAAAAACGUCAUCCCUUAGGAGCAUUCGAGUCAAACCCGAACGUCUACGUGACGGAUCGAACAAGGAGAAGACUGUGGACACUAGUGACAGUGAUCGUAGUGAAUCGUUAGAGUCUAAGAGCGUAACAAAAGUGACAAUAAACCUAGCAGGUGACGUGACGGUUCAAAAAUCGAACGUGGAAAUUAAGGAAGAGGUAGAAGACAAAGACCUCGAACAAAAUCAAACCCCUGAGAGCGAUCGUUUAGUUCAAAUCGAUGUCAAAAAGGAAGAAGAAGACGGCGAAGAAGAGGACAAUAAAAAAGAAGCAGAUUAUAAAACGCCCAGUCCGAAGAAAGAGUUGUCAUCAAACGAAGACGACAGGAAACACUCUAUUGAUAGUUUAGAAGUGCCAUGUAAGAACGUAAAUGUUGUGGCAGAUGAUGAAAAGCCAGAAUCAGAAGACACGUUACUUCAUGCAGUUAAAAAGCGCAAAUUGGAUAUCUUGAAGGAGGGCGGACUCGAAGUAACCCCCGUCAAAACGAGUAACGUUCAAAUCAAAGAGAACAGGCCUUCAGUCAUCCAACAGAACCAUCCAAAUUCACCCCAUCUAAUGAAUACACAAAUAUCCGUCUCUUUAAUGCCCGAAAACAAAGUCGAGUCCAUAAAGAUACCCACAUACCAGAGGAGAAAUAGCACAACAAAGAAAGAUGUCGUUUCACCCACAUCGAAAGACUCGUUCCUCUACCAAAAUGGCAAAAGUCCACCCAUAGUUUUACAGUCCAGAUCGAUUUAUUCUUAUUCGGAAAAGACAGUUUAUGGUAACCCAAAGGACUUCAGCAGCGUCACUGUGGCUCACACCCCGUACACCCCGAAAUAUUACGGCCACAGUGGCGGGGACAUUCUAGAUUUGACUGUCAAAAGUCCUAACAAACCGGUCAGCGAGAUAGAGCGGAUGUCAAACGUGGUUAUUUCAUCUCAGCUGUUGUCCAGCAUAAAAGAUAUAACGUCCAAAAGUAAUACCCAAAAGAAUCAGCCGUCCUUACCCCUUCUUGGUGCGAAGAUCGGUUCUAAUCUUGAAAUAACUCUCGUUGGUCCCAAUGCGAACGGUUCAAAACCAUCACCGUUUAAAUACAACGGUAUAAGCGCGUAUGAACCUCUCGUGAAAAUUCCUAAUGUUCCUCAACAACAACAACCCUGCAACAAUAGCAACGAAUACCCUAAAGUGAAUUCCUAUAGUAAACGAAAGGGUGGCGCAAAGAUCGAAGAGAAUGGCCGGUAUAUCAAUUCCAUCCCCGCCUUCCAUCAUCAGGCCUUGCUCUAUAGAGAUAGCAGCAGAAUAUCAUCCUACCAUAGUAACAACAACAACAAUAAUAAUAAUAUUAAUAGCAACCCCCGUCAUCAUUAUCAUAGUAGGACUUCCAGUAAAUCUGAGACGAAUAAUAAUAAAAAUCUCGGUGGUGUUAGUGCUGGCGGUGGUUAUGGUGUGAAACAGGUACCGUCGCCGUCGUCACCCCUGUUGCCGAGUUAUUUGAACCCUCUGACGUCACUGACGAACAAAAUGAUCGCGCCCUACCCUCUGGCUGCCAUCGACCCCGUAUACUACAGCGCGCUGCAAAAUCUGUAUCCGCACGGGGCGCUUCCGGCCGUUCCGCCCUUUUUCCCUACCCGCGAGCAAAUGCAACUCUACACGGAAAUGAUGAGUCACAGUGCGCAACUGCGAUAUCCGUUUCCGUUCUCGCAAGGUAACAGCCAAUCAACGACGGACAAAAAUUCGAAGCAGUAGUAGAGCAUUUUUUAAUGCAUCGGAUCGUAACUCAAUUAAUCGUUCAAUUGUUAGGUGGAUCGAAUUGGUUUUCGAAAUAUGUGCUGUAUAUUUAUUCUCGUUAAAAUUAUUGAUUACUGAAAAAAAAAAAUGAAAAAAUAUUGCUUCCAUUUGUCUGUAAGUUCUAGAUAACGGUUGAAAAUAUGAAAAAAGUUUAUAGAAGAAAGUUGUAGUGAAUAACAAUAUCUGUGAAAAAGUUUUAGGAAGCAAUUCGGUUAUUCUUAUAGUUUGGAUCCUAGAGUGAUGCUUAACGGGGAGAUAUUUUAGAUCGUAUAUAAAAAGAUUGAAAACAGUGCAUUACUAUUGUUUUACAUCAAUUUAAUUAAAUAAAAUUCUAGGAAAAUCUAUAAAAAGAUGAGGUAUUGGAAAGUAACCUUUUAUAUCUCAUGUUUUGGUCGCUGGUGGUCGUAAAUAAUAAGAUAUGAAGCAAAACAAGCUGAAAAACAUCAAUUUUUGGUAAUAAACUGAGGAUGGAAAAGACAUAUUUCACCCUCUUUAGAAAUUCACUUUAAAACUUGUACUGAACUAUAUUCUAUGAAUUUACAAAAAUAUUUCGAAAAUUAAUUUGAUCGAUCUGCAAUAUCUUUUAAAGCAUAUCAGCAUUUUUGCGGUACAGGCGGUAAGAACUGGCAGCAGAUAGAUAUUGAUUGAUUGGCCCAUCGGUAUCAAAAAAAAUUUUGCUGUUAUAAGAAGUUAUGUAUUAUUCAAAAUCGAUGAAGAACAGAAAAAAAGGUAAUUUUGUAUUGGCUGUGAUUCACAUUAUUGUACUUUUUUUUAACACAAUACCCUAAUAUUUGUAAUCUGAUAUCUGAUGUUUUUUCUGAUAUUUUUAAAAGAUUUCUUCUGAAGCUAGUACUUGGGUACUUAACAAAUACUUUAAAAACAGUACAAUGGACUAAGAGUAAAAACGACACCCCUAUCAGUGAGUUCAUUUCAUUAAUUUUUUUGUUGUAUUUAUUCUUAUAAUUCAUGGCAUUUAGUUAAUGGUCAAACAUGGCUAUAUUUUAAUAUUUUCUCCAAUUUUUUCGCGUAUUGGAAUAUGUUUUAUUUUAUGUAAUCUAAACAUGAAACGUGUAUCGAUAAUAAUUGAAAAAUUCAAAAAAUGACCAAAUUUAACCACCAAAAUGGUUGUUUAACUAUUGGGUUGAUGUUAUGAAUUAUCAAAAUAAGUAUGCAGAAAAAUAAAAAAUUAAUAAUCAAAAAUUUUUAUAAUGUACCAUUUUUAUAGUCUUUUAGACCAUACGAACAGAAAAUGUAUUUUUUUUAGAUAUUAUGUUAGUACCUAUAGAAUAUUAGCGUUUGAAAGCUACUGAUUACAGACUUUUUUAAAACAAAUUUAGUUUGAGGAGGCUUUUUAAAAUAUCAGUAAAGAAGAAGAAGAAAUUCUUGUUGUGCGACCACAAAGGUAAUAAUUGUUAUUGCCACUCUCACGUAUACAGUGACUAUGAAAAACAUUUUUGAAUUUUAAUUAAUUUUGAAGGUAUUACGAAGAAAUUAUUAUUCUUUAAUUUAAUAGUUACGUAUUUAUAAAGUACGUAAAACUGUAGUAUCUUACAAAGUAUUUCUUUAGAUAACGACACAAUUUCUUUUUAAAAAGAAAAGAUCUAUUAAGGGUAGUGCGAGAGUUUAUAAAAAAUAAAUAAACUAAUUAGUGUUACUUUGAAAAUAAAAUAAUACGAAUUAUUUUUAAAAUGUAUGUUUUAUACAUAUAUGCAGGUGCACUAAAAAAAAAAGGAAAGGUAAAUAUAAUAAUUAUUGUAUUAAAAAUCCUUAAUUUUUCGUAUUUCAUAAAAAGUUCUGGUUAAGUUUUGAUGAAAAGUUUAUUAUUUUAAAUAAUUUUGCAUUGCAAAGAAUGUAAUAAAUAACAAGAAUUUCUUUUACAACAGCUCAGAACUUAGAGAUACAGAACUGUAUUUAAUAUAAAUACUUGAUAAAUAACGAAUGAAAAAAUUCAAAUUUAGAAAAGGGAAGAUUCUACAAAAUUGUAGAGAAAAAUAUUUUUCCAACACAGUUUUGUUAAUUGUCGUGUUUAAUAAAUGAAAAAUUGUCCUUAACAAAGAACAAACAAUUGCACAAAACAAUAACAAUUCGUAAACAAUGAUAAUAAAAAAGAACAAAUGCUUUACUUAUUAACAGUGGCUGUAAACGCGUUUUAAAGGUGCUAAAAGUGAGUAUCUCAUUUCGUAGAAUAUUUGUAUAAGAGAUUGAUGAAUUAAAAAGAAAGUACCUACUAACAAUUAAUUAUUAUUAAUGCUCACCCAUUAAGCGAAACAAGUACUGCACUGUAUAUAUAUUUUU